AUGGAAAAACCAACUGCCGACGGCGAAGCGCAUGCGGCGCAGCUCCCUUACAUUAUUAUUGGCUCUGGAACCGCUGGACUUGCACUCGCACAGGGGCUCCGCAAAGCGAACAUCCCGUGCGUCGUAUUCGAGAAGAACGCUGCCACGCAUGGCGAGCGCGACUGGAACAUGGGCCUUCACUGGGGCGCGCCAGUCCUGAAAAGCCUCAUGCCAGAUGGCUGGUGGGACCGCAUCCAGAGCGUCCAGGUCGACCCGAAUGUCCCCACGAAAGAGCAGGACACGUUGAAGUGGCUGCGAGGCGAUACCGGAGCGCUGGUUGCAGCCAUCACCUUCGGCCCUUUCUACCGCUUACGGAGGAGCAAGUUGCGCGACUUGUUAAUGCAAGGCCUUGACAUACACUUCGACAAGCGCUUACACGACGUCUCAUACUCACCUUUAUUCCAGUUGUCCACUGUAAUAAGGAAAAAGUAUUACUACAUUCUAGGGUCUAGUUACAUUAUAGCCUUCGCGUGUUAA